AUGGACUCCUUCUUGUGCUUGCUGCUUACGACCUGUACCGCGGAGGCGAGCUUUUUUGACAUCUUUCCAGUGGUUGACCCGGCUCAGCAUGCAGUUUACGACGCUGAGUCGGUGCAGAUCGUCGGCACUGCUCGGGUGGAGGGCUUGCAGGACAGCUUGAGCUCGAGAAGAUGGCGGCCGGUGCAGCUGUCGGAGGAUGGGAAGGAGCCGAGAGCGCUCAUGAGUGUCGGCAUUGGUGACUUCCGGAACACUUCGUCUGGACCGUACCGAGAACUUGCCAUUGCCUUCCCCGCCUGCGAAAACGAGGAUGUCGUGCUCGAUUGCGGAAGCUUCAUGCACUGUCAAGACAAGCUGCCGGCAUGUGCCCACACGUUCAUGCUCCGCAGCUAUGCCAGCAAUGAGGCGGCUGUCCUGAGCGCGCGCUCGGCUGGAAUAUCCGCGCAGCUGAGUACCAGGUUCGAAUUUUCUCUGGAGAAAGCCGGAAGAGGACACAUCUUGGCCUUCUCGGUCAUGGGGUCGGAAGAUGAUGAGCUCCUGCUGGGUAAAGUGGAGGUGAUCAGAGCUGCCGAAGCAAGCAGAGUUCUCCACUUUCUUUUCACUCUUGCCAUCGUAGCCUCGGCAGAGAGGACACAUGGCUCUGCAUCGCUGGCUGUUUGGCGGCGGCAGAACUCUGUAGCACCGCCGCCGGCAGCGUGCUGCUGGUCGCCAGGGGUUCGCUUGGCAUUCGCGAGGUCUUGUGCCGCGAGCUUGCUGGAGCGAGCAGCUGCAACUGCGCUUUCGACGAAUGACGCGGCCUGCCUGCGCUUGGAAGAGAUGGAGACUUCCAUGGGCGAUGAAGACCUGCAGAAGGCAUUGAGCUGCUUGUCACAAGCUGAGGGUGCCGUACGAGACUUGCUCGUGUCGGCUGACGUGACUGGGCGCCUGGGCGUUGGCCUGCAGCGAUCUGCAGCAGUGGCCCGCCGAUUGGAGGAGGAGAAGAGGAUGCUCCAGGCUGAAGCAAAAGAUGUCCGAUGGAAGUUCAGUGCAGCUUUCGCUGGUCGACUGGCCGUGAAGGCGAAAGCGACGCGACAGGAUUUCAGCCAGAGGGUGCCGGAUGCUGAGUUGCAACCGAUACUGUCCUCUUGGAGUGGUGCAGCUUCCUACAGAAUUUCAGAGAGCGAUUGGCUUGGCGUCUUUGAGGCGAUGCAUCUGCCCAGUUUACAAGUCGUUCGACUGCCUUCCUGGGGAGGCACGGCUGUGGCACCCCCUGUCAAAUGUGCCCUUUUUGCUUUAGCGGAGUCAGCUUUUGCACCACGGCAGCAAGGCGAUCCAAUCCUCACAGCCGGUGCCUCGGCAGGCCGGCAUAGCCUAGCAGCACAGCAGCAUCCCGUCAUGGAGGGAUGCCCGGAUGCCCCUACGCAACUUCCAUUCCGGGACAAGGCUCCUGCACGGGGACAAUCAGACUUCAUGGACAUGGUUCGGGAGUUCAAUGAAGGUGUCGCUGACGAGCCAGUGUACUCAUGCAGUGUUUGCAGAAAAGCAGUUGUCCAGUCAGCGCGAUGUGAUGAGAGCCAGACUUCGUCCGGCAAAGGUCAUGGAGUCCCGAAGACGCAGCCAGUGCCGCGAACCUCAAGGGUUGGAGCCGAGUCUGCGCCAAAUCGGCACUGCGCGAUCACCUCGCAUGUGCAAGCAGUCUGGGAUGCAUUAGAAUCGCCCAGGUCUGAAACGCCUGACCUUCUGCAACAGCACCUUCACAAGGAGAUGAAUGCGGCGUGGCACUCGUCUAAGUACUGGGUAGUCUGGACAACGACCAACAUGGGGUAG